AUGACUGCGCUGGAAAAUGCUGUGUUUUCUUUAAACGACGCAAAGGUUUUCAUCGAGUAUUUAAUGAACCUUGGAAAAAGACACAAAGCAUGGCCCGAGAGGCUGGAAAAUUUCGAUGUAUGUAUUCUGUUAUGCCGAUCAAGGUUACUUAGGGGUACAUAUUGUUGUAUAGAGCUGUAUUGUGAUGUAAACUGCAGUACCGAGAAGUAUAAUGCUAUCUAGGGGUAGAUAAUGUUGUAUAGCACUGUAUAGUGAUGUAGGGCGCAGAAGAGGGAAGUACAGUGGUAUCUAGGGGUACAUAUUGAUGUAUAGCGCUGUAUAGUGAUGUAAAUUGCAGAAGAGAGAAGUAUAGGAUAUAUGUUGUUUUAUAGCGCUGUAUUGUGAUGUAAAUUGCGGAAGAGGGAAGUAAAGUGCUAUCUAGGGGUGCAUGUUGCUUUUUAUGAUCCAUCAAAUAUUUUUGCCCGCGAGCAAUUGGUGUAAACGCAGCAAGUGACUAAAUAUCCCACAGCUAAUACUGGGUGAUAUCCGAGAAUAUCACGCAAGCGAUAUUCCCCAAUUUGUAAACCUUACGUCCACCUCGAUAAGUCUUCGUUUAAACUUUAAUUCAAUUCAGUGAGCUGUUCAUAAAGAUUUUUUCACGAGCGUUGCAAAAUAGUUGAAGGAUAAAAAUCACAAUAGCCUCUAUUUUGCACGAAAAUAUGUUCGGAUACUUGUCCUUGGACAUUGUCUGUCCCUCGAAGCUCACAGUUUUGGCAUCUUGGAAUAGAUAAUGUCCGCGGACAAAUAUCCUCAAUUAUUUUCGCGCCAAAUUGGAGCAAUAGUUUAUAGAGCGCUGUAUGGUGAUAUAAAAUUCAGUAGAGGGAAGCAUAGUUCUAUUUAGGGGUUCAUAUUGUUGUGAUGCGCUGCACAGUUACUGCAUUUGACGGAUUUACAGUGCUACUCAGGGGUAUAAUGUUGUAUUGUGCUGUAUUAUGAUAAAAGUUGCAGUAGAGGGAUGUAUAUUGCUAUUUAAGGGAGGGGGAGAGGGGCAUAAAGACGUCCGUAUUCGAGGAGUUUAUUCUACAACGUAAGGAGACAUGGAGUCUAAUAACCGACGAAACGUGUUUGCUCAUAAUGAAUCUCUCGGGCUGUUAUCGACUACCUCUUAGGAAGCAUUACAAUAACUUAACCUUUCUUAAUUUUUGUUUAUUCAAAACUCUUUUUCAAGGUCCUCUCUGCGUCUACAUCCAAGAUGGCGGCUAUCGACUCGGAGAAGUCUGUGGAUUGGCCUGCUGCCAUCUUGGAUUCGCGAUGUAGGUGGACCCUGGGCGAGAGUUUGAUCCAUUCCCAAUCAGAUGAUAGAAGAAGCCUUAAUUUGGACAUUGAAGGACUCGUUUCCAACAAAAUGCAUCGAUUAUGUCGUAGAGUCUUGGAGGGAACUCUUUCGUUUUCUAGCUGCUACUGUGAUGAGAGGACUGAGGAGAGCAAACACUGGCAAGUGAGACUUAAAAUUGAGAGACCCUGUGGACUGGGAAUGAGUCGAAAGGAAAAUUGA